CCGGCCUCCGUGUCGGAACUCAAUUCUGAGGAUUCCCAUCAGACUCGAUCCUCGAGUUCAUUACUGCUGCUACCUCCUGAGGGCACAGGCUGGUGCACCCAAGCAACUCGUACCAUUCGCACUCCUGUCCAUCGCAGCCAGCACCGAUCCGACCCUUCGUCGCUGCCGACGAUAACGAUCCCUCGGCUCUUAUCGAUCGCGAGCUGCGAGUGACUCCUUGCACCAUUCCGUCGUGAUCGUAUAUGACACAGAUACGCCCGCCGGUCUUCCCUCCUACAUGACCAUUUCCCACCAUGGGGAAAUUUGACACCAAUGAGGUCUCGGAGUUCCUUCCCAUGAGCCGUCCGCGGCCCUCAUCCACCGCCUCUGCGACAUCCUCCGAUUCGAGCCUCUCCGUCGACACCUACCCGGAAGAAUCCAAGUACACCUCAACCGCACCCGAGGGAUUGUCGGAAGAGAACAGAUACCGAGAUGUGGAGGAGGGCGAACCUGGAGCGGACGAGCCGUUUCUCCCUUCGACCAAGAAGGCUGGUACCUCCGGGAGCCGUACAUCUCGUCUGAUAUGGGGCCUGGUUAUACUGUGCGUGGCAGGUUGGCUGUGGGGAUUGGCGCUAUUCAUCACCCAGGGACACUCAAACCAGCAGACGGUUACAGAAGCCCUACAGUCUCACGAGUCGGACACAAGCUCUGGGAGUUCGAAACCGGUCACGCUGGAACAGGUCCUCACGGGACAGUGGCUUCCUCGCUUCCAUGCCGUUGCGUGGAUUGCGGGACCCAAUGGCGAGGAUGGUCUUCUAGUGGAGCGGGGAGAAGAUCGCGGGAAGGGAUUCUUGCGAGUUGAAGACAUUCGCAGUCGCAAGAGCGGUGUUACCAGUCAGGCAAGCAAGGUGCUGAUGGAGAAGGCGAUUGUGCAGGUGGAUGGACGUUCAAUCUUUCCAGUGACGACAUGGCCCAGCCCGGAUCUGAACAAGGUGUUGAUCAUAUCCGAGCGCGAGAAGAAUUGGAGGCAUUCGUUCACGGGAAAAUACUGGAUCUUCGACGUGGCUACUCAAACAGCGCAGCCGCUUGAUCCUAGUGACCCCGAUGCACGCGUGCAGCUUGCGAUUUGGUCACCAAAAUCCGACAUGGUUGCUUUCGUGAGGAAUAACAACCUGUAUUUGCGCAAACUGUCUUCGGAUAAGAUUGUGCCCGUUACAAAGGACGGCGGCGCGGAUCUUUUCUACGGCGUUCCCGAUUGGGUUUACGAGGAAGAGGUCUUCUCGGGCAACAGUGUAACCUGGUGGUCCGGCGACGGCAAAUACGUGGCUUUCCUGCGUACCAACGAGACGGCUGUCCCUGAUUUCCCCGUGCAGUACUAUCUCUCAAGGCCCUCCGGAAAGGAACCUGCCCCGGGACUCGAGGAUUACCCCGAGGUCAGGGACAUCAAGUACCCCAAGGCUGGAGCUCCCGAUCCCGUUGUUAACCUGCAAUUCUACGACGUUGAGAAACAAGAGGUCUUUUCAAUCGACACACCCGAUGAUUUCGAGGACGACGAUCGGAUCAUCAUCGAGAUCGUGUGGGGAACCGAAGGAAAGGUCCUUGUGCGAGCAACCAACAGAGAAAGCGAUAUCCUAAAGGUGUUCUUGUUCGACACGAAAGCCAGGACCAGCAAGCUUGUGCGCUCUGAGAAUGUUGCUAGCAUCGAUGGUGGCUGGGUAGAGCCUUCACAGUACACACGGUUUAUCCCAGCAGAUGCCAGCCGCGGCCGCCCUCAUGACGGAUACCUCGACACUGUGAUCCACGAGGGCUACGAGCACCUGGGCUACUUCACGCCCCUGGACAACCCCGAACCCGUCCUUCUCACCAAGGGAAACUGGGAGGUGGUGGAUGCUCCCACUGCCGUGGACCUGAACAAAGGCAUUGUCUACUUCAUCGCAACAAAAGAAGCCCCUACCGAGCGCCACCUGUACCAGGUCCAGCUGGACGGAUCGAACCUUAAGCCUCUAACAGACACCUCCAAGCCAGGCUACUACGAUGUAUCUUUCUCACACGGAACCGGCUACGCCCUACUCAGCUACGAUGGCCCUUCUGUCCCCUGGCAAGCGAUCGUCAACACCGAGACCGACGAACUCAAGUACGAAGACACCAUCGAAGACAACGCCGCUCUUUCCAGCAUGGUGGAUACAUACGCCCUCCCCACCGAGAUCUACCAGAACGUCACCAUCGACGGCUUCACCCUCCAAGUUGUCGAGCGUCGCCCGCCACACUUCAACCCAGCCAAAAAAUACCCCGUCCUAUUCUACCUCUACAACGGGCCUCGAUCCCAAACCGUAAACCGCAAAUUCACCAUCGACUUCCAAUCCUACGUCGCCUCCAGCCUGGGCUACAUCGUCGUCACCGUCGACGGGCGAGGCACCGGCUUCUCCGGACGGAAACUGCGCUGCAUCGUCCGCGGCAACCUAGGCUUCUACGAAGCCUAUGACCAAAUCACGACCGCCAAGAUCUGGGGCGCAAAGCCCUACGUCGACGAAUCCAGACUCGCAAUCUGGGGCUGGAGCUACGGCGGGUUCAUGACCCUCAAGACUCUAGAACAAGACGCCGGCCAAACCUUCCAAUACGGCAUGGCCGUCGCCCCCGUCACCGACUGGCGACACUACGACUCAAUCUACACCGAACGCUACAUGCACACCCCGGAACACAACCCGAACGGCUACGACAACACCUCCAUCAGCGACAUGGCGGCCCUCAGCGAAUCCGUCCGUUUCCUGGUCAUGCACGGCGCCUCGGACGACAACGUCCACGUCCAAAACACCCUCGUACUGGUCGACAAACUCGACCUCGCCAAUGUUCAGAACUACGAUCUCCAUUUCUAUCCGGACUCGGAUCAUAGCAUCAACUUUCAUAAUGCCCAUACGAUGGUUUAUGAACGCCUGUCGAGCUGGCUCAUCAACGCAUUCAAUGAUGAAUGGCAUCGGAUCGCAAAUCCGGUUCCUGAUGAUUCGAUGUGGGCGCGGGUGAAGAGGUCGUUGCCGUUACCUUUGCUUGGGAAUUAGGCGUGUGAGAUGGGAGAAAGGGGAUAGGGGGUAUAUCUCGGUAUAUUUAUCAUUGGUUAUUACGGCUUUUAUUCAUAUCCGCAUUUGGAUACAGGUGUUGUUUUUCGGGUUCAUAUUGGGUAUUGUUCUAGGUAGUACUGUUUACUGCAUGGUAGGUGAUGACGGUUGUAUUUAGUCUACUCAAGUGGGUAUAGCAAGUAGUCAAUGCAUUAAGU